AUGUCCCUGGCACGCAUCAAGCGAUUCCCCAACAUAGCGUUGCGGAAUGUCUUGAUCCUCUUCCAAAGACCUGCACAAACUCAAGCCGAGGAUGAGAGCCGCGACGCUUCCCUCAAAGCACGCAAUCCGAUCACAAUCCUGGCAUCGUUGACCUUUCAGCAAUGGGGGUUCUACACAGUCGCUUGGGGAGGUUGGAUCUUCGAUUCCUACGACUUCAAUGUUCUCGCGAUACAAACCACCAAACUGUCAAGAUAUUAUCAUGUGGACAAGACCCGCAUCGCAGACGCGAUCACUUUCACAUUACUUUUCAGGCUCAUCGGCGCCCUCAUCUUUGGCAUAGUCGGCGACUAUUACGGGCGAAAAUGGCCAUUCGCCAUCAACAUGUGGCUCUUGGGCAUCUUGCAAAUCGCGACGGUCUAUGCGGAAUCUUACGGGACCUUUGUAGCAGUGCGAAGCUUGUUUGGGGUAGCUAUGGGCGGUGUCUUUGGCGGAGCUUGCGCUAUGGCGCUGGAGAACAUGCCAAUCGAAGCCAGAGGCUUACUAGGUGGUGUCUUUCAAGAGGGCUAUUCGGUCGGAUACAUCAUUGCCGCCGUGGGAAACCUGAUCGUGGGAGGGGCAACAAAUUCGUGGAAGUCGCUCUUUUGGUUCGGUGCGGGUGGAUCGUUCCUGUUUGGCACACUUCGCCUAGCGUUGCCCGAAUCGCGACAAUUCCUCGAAGCCAGGUCGGCAGGAAGAGGAGGCCAAUCGACGCGCGACUUCGGGAAAGACACGGUGGCCAUGCUCAAGGCACAUUGGCCCGUCGCUAUUUACUGCGGUGUGAGCAGCGCGAUUUCCCAUUUCGCGAGACAGCAUCGUAUACGCUCUGAAGUGAUGUCUCGCGACUUCAUACAGAUCUUUAUGACCAUCGUCAAUUUUUGGGGCCAUACGUGUGCAGACUCGUACACCACUUUCAUGCUUGCAGGAAACCAGCUCAAGAAUGGGCCUGCGUCCCGUGCAUCAAUCUGGAUGAAGACUGGAGCCUUGUUUGGCGGAACAGUGAUGGGUUACUGCUCGCAAUGGCUGGGUAGAAGGCGCGCCAUCGUGCUCUCGGCUCUUGUAUGCGGCUUGAUGAUUCCUGCUUGGAUCCUGCCGGACACCGUGGCAGGUCUCGUCGCCGGCGGAUUUUUCCUUCAGUUCUUUCUUGGUGGCGCGGUCGGCAUUGUGCCUGCCCAUCUUCAAGAGCUAUCGCCUCCUCAAUUCCGCGCCGUCUUUGUGGGCAUGGCGUAUCAGCUCGGUAAUGCCAUCGCUUCGCCCGCCACCCAGAUCGUUAGCGAUUUGGCCGAGCACCACUUCAAGAGUACUGGCCCGGAUGGGCGCUCAGUAGACGGCUAUGGACCAGUCAUGGGCGUAGCUACGGCAAUCUUCGCAAGUCUGAUGGUCCUAUGGACCUCGAUCGGUCCUGAAAAUGCCGGUUCGCACUUUGAGCGUGCAAGGGUAGCAGGAGCCAUUGGCGUGUCCAAGGAGCUCCCUUCUUACGAGAGCGACCCGUCCAACACGCCCGCAGUAGAGGCGCAACAUGCGGACAUUCUUAUUCCUGUACAGCCAGCUGCUCAGGAUGGCUCCGAAGGCUCAAGUCGAGAAUGAGAUCGAUUGCAAACCAGCCUUCUGGCAAGCUCGCACAGAGUUGCCCUUCAGAUAUACACGUGAGCGUUGUGAGCCACGACAACGACGUUCCUCGGGGCCAGAAGCAUGUAUUCGGAAGCAUGACAGACCAUGUAAAACGAUCUUGAGAAGAAUAGACCAUCUGCCAGACGAACGGAAGAGGAGGUGUAUGGUUCGGAAGCGGGAGUCUGGAGAGCAUUCGUACAUCUGGCGUGAC